AUGUAUACCCAACAAGUCAUCUAUGAGAGGGCUCUACGAAUCAGUGCCAUUAGAACUUCCACUUCAAUUGAUGUGGCAAAAAUUAUCAGGGAGCAGAUGACCGGCUGGGUCACUGACCCUACUGUUAGAAACUGGUACUUUCCAGUAUCAGUCACACUGCUCUGUGGACAAGCUGAUGUACUGUUUGUGGCAAGAGAUGUGCACAAGACCAUCCCUAGAAGUUGGAGUUACAGGACAUUGGCCAGGGAUCGACCACCGAGAGAAGAGCCACCACCAAUCACUGGAGUUAGGAGGAAACACUUGACCAAGCAGCACAAGUACAUGCUGGACUAUAUUCACUGCACUGCUACUUGGCUGGAUGCACCAGUGACUCCAACAUCAUCCCAUCACCACAUCCCUUUGAUGGGAUAA